AUCAAGGGCGGAAAGUCUCCCUGGUGCGUCUGUUUCCGAGCGGAGCUGCACGGCGGGUGAAGUCAUCCUCACGCCCAGCGGCACUGCCAGCGGCUGCUGGGUCCCGCAGGGGAUGUUGGAGGCCAAGUGCUUCCAGCCGUGCUCCCCAAGGCCUUUACCUGGCCUUGGGAUAGACAGGGGGGAGCAGCAGCUCCGCCGCGUGCCCGGCGCUGCUCCGGGCAGGAGCGAUGCUGGGCGCCGAGGGGCUCACCCCUCUCGUCUGUGUUGCAGGGCUGGCGCUCUGCGACAGCGUGGGUGCUGACGCCAACGCGACGGCCGGUGGCCUGUCCUGCAGCCCCGCGGGCAACUGCACAGGUGGCGCGGCGGCACCGCGGCGGCGCAGCCACUUCUCCCGCUGCCCGGACGAGUACCGGCACUACUGCGUGCGGGGACGGUGCCGCUUCGUGGUGGCCGAGCAGGCGCCGGCGUGUGUGUGCGAGCAGGGCUACACGGGCGCCCGCUGCGAGCGUGUCGACCUCUUCUACCUGCGAGGCGACCGCGGCCAGAUCAUCAUCAUCUCCCUCAUCGCGGCCGGUGCCGCCCUUGUCGUCCUCAUCGUCUGCGCUUGCCUCUGCCGCCAUCGCUACCGGAAGCAGCGUCGGAAGAGAAAGGAGGAAGAAAUGGCGACGCUGAAUCAGCCCAGACCUGCUACAAGUGAGGACGCGUCGGAGCCAGACGGCGCGUGA